UUCCGCGACCGACAAGUAAACCCAAUCUGGGUCAUUGCCGUCCUCCUUACAAGCCUUACUUUGCCCUCGCGUUGGCUGCAUGGGCAUUGACACGCACUGACACAAUGAAAAUGUUCUUUUCAAGCCGUCUAAAAGUGACAAUUAGCGAGAAAUUAUAAGUUAAGCCUAGCUUUCUCAUUCCAGCGGCCAACGAGCCGGAGCCGGCGACCACAGCGCCACGCUUGACCCGAGCCGAGCUGCUUCCGUUCAGACCCGUCCGAGCCGAGCGCUGAGCCGCGGCUACCGCGGGUCCGCGGUUGUCAAGCUUUUAACAAGUGCCUGGAUUAUGUUCCUGUUAGCGAACGAGUUUCUGUUAGUUCACUGUGAAAGGCCCUGAAUACCAGCGGGGCACAACUUUUCGGUGGCGGUGUUUAGGACUUGAGAUUAUUGUUGUUUUGUCUUUGUCCAACCACUGCCGGAAUUGACAACGUGCAAGGUUUCGCGGGUAAAGUUUGUCUUGUCACACCGGGCUAGUAAGCGUUGUGUGGUGCUGUCGCGGCUGCUGUGAUAUCGGUCGAUCUGUCGGCAUCAAGGAGCUGACACGUAGUGACCCAUCUGUGAGUUGGUGAAUGCGAUCUAUUUUCCCGGGUACUGCGCAUCAUGUCUGAUUCAAUCCUUGCUAACGGCGCCGGCUCACCAAGCUUGUUGAAUACGCUUAGACAGUUUAGGUUUCAAAAGAAAUGUGCGCAGCAAAGCCCCGGCUUGGAACCAUGUUCGUCGUCGAGCGACCAGUGCCAGAAACAGCGACAUGAUGUUCAUGGUUCGCCUGAAAGAAACGAAGAUGAUCUUGUCGUCCCCGAGACUCCCGAGUCAGCAUUGAAGCGGUCUGGCCCGGAUAAAAGUGCUGAAGAGUCUCCUGACAUAGCAGCAAGCAGCUCAACCGCUGACUUGGAAGAGGAAGAAAGUCCAGUAGUAACAAAUGGAGUUAAACGAAAGCGUGUCCUCUCAAGCAGCUCUGAAGACGAUGCAGGGAACAGCGGUACAGGGCAACGUGUUUUACAUGCCAAAAGGAAACCUAACCAGAUAGAGGAUGACAGCAGUGGGGAUAAAGAGUCGGAUGAUGAGUGCACAAGGUACAUGACUGACAGGGAGAAAAGUCUCAGGCAGCUCAUUGAAGAGUUCAGAGGAGCCGACAUUAUGGACCUCCAAGACGCUUUGGUGGCAUCUAAAUGGAACGUUGUUCAAGCACGUGCAUACUUGGUGAAGAACCCACCAAACCGCAAGGCCUACAGCCCUUAUCGCAAUGCGCGGUAUAAAACAGUUUCCUCAUCCAGCAGCAAAGGGGUGGACUUUGACGGUGAAGAGGAGAGGGAGGUUACGCCAAAGGUCAAGCUGCAGGCAAGUGUCGCUACAAAAACUGAAUCGCCAGUAAAGAGCUCGAGUGCUGCAAUAACUGAGUCACCUGUGAAGAGCUCGAGUACUGGUCUUUCCAAAUUUAAAGCCUUCAACGAUCUCAAGUCACGAAGCUCCUACAAGAAGGUGGCACAGCGGCCAGCAAAAGCACUAAAAAUUGAUGAUGCCAGUGAUGAAGAAGAAUAUUGUAAUGAGGACAUCUAUGGCUCAGCCGAUGACAGUGAGGACAGUGGUGGAGAGUCAAAUGACACGCCUGCAAUGAUAGAAACCAAGCGUGCUAUCACAGAGUUCUUUGACACUGCCUCUUUUAAUGAACUACUUGCGGUCCCUGGCUGCAGUCGGAAGAAGGUAGAUGCUGUUGUGGAGAACCGACCAUAUGGAACAUGGCAGAAUCUGGUGUAUAAGUUCGAAACCUGCAAGAACUUGACGCCCGCUAUGCUGAACAGUUCCAAGAAUUUGCUUCACACACGUGGUGUGGUCAAUCGCCUGAUGGCCCGCUGCCAGAGCAUAUCAGACCAGAUGCAGGAGAUUGUGUCACGCCUUGUGAGGGGUGAGAGUGAAGACUCUGACGAGUACAUCAAGACCCAACCAUCCCUGCUUAACCAAAGCCUGCAUCUUUCCCCAUAUCAGCUCAUUGGCCUCAACUGGCUGGCAGUGAUGCACAAACAGGAAGUGAAUGGCAUCCUUGCUGAUGAAAUGGGCCUGGGCAAGACCAUCCAGGCCAUUGCUUUCCUGGCCUACCUGCAGCAGCAAGGGGAAGCCUCGCCACACCUGGUCGUGGUGCCAUCUUCUACUUUGGAGAACUGGAUGAGAGAGUUUACGCUCUGGUGCCCCUCGCUCGACAUUCUUGUCUAUCAUGGCAGCCAAAAGGACCGACGGGAGCUCAAGUACAAGAUUCUUGUGGGUGAAGUGGGAAACUUCGAUGUUCUCAUUACGACGUACAACAUGAUUUCUGGAAGUGGAGAAGACAGGAGCCUCUUCAAGAAAGUAGCAUUUCAUUAUGUGAUCUUUGACGAAGCCCACAUGCUCAAAAACAUGGCAUCACAACGCUAUGCCAACCUCAUGAAGAUCAGUGCAAAGCGAAAAAUUCUUCUUACUGGGACCCCACUGCAGAACAACCUCGUGGAACUCAUGUCUCUGCUCACAUUCGUCAUGCCCAACAUGUUUUGUAAGAAGGCGGACCAAAUCAAGCUCAUGUUUUCAGCAGCCGCUAAAAACGAGGAGGAGCAAAGUGGCUUUGAGCGGGACCGAAUCGAGCACGCCAAGAAGAUCAUGCGGCCAUUUAUCCUGCGGCGCCUGAAGCAGGAUGUGCUGCAGCAGCUUCCAGUCAAGCACGAGGAGGAACGAUACUGCACCAUGACUCCUUAUCAGCAGACCUGUUACCUCAACAUGGUGGCGGCACUCUCGAAGGAGUUCAAGGAAAAUCAUGAGGGCCAGUCAGGAAUGCUGAUGAAAUUACGGCGAGCUUCAAACCAUCCACUGCUUCUGCGCAACCACUAUGACCUGGAGAAACUGAGAACGAUGUCCCGCGUCCUGCUGAAGGAGCCAACAUACUUUGAUGCCAAUCCCGACUUAAUAUUUGAGGACAUGGAAGUGAUGUCGGACUUUGAGCUGCAUAUGCUCUGUACCAAGUUUCCUGUCCUUCACGAGUUCAAGCUCGAUAACGACAAAAUGCUUGACUCGGGCAAGUUUAUAGCAUUAGAUUCUUUGCUAAAGGAACAUAAAGAGAAGAACAAUCGCGUGCUAAUAUUCAGCCAGUUUACUAUGAUGCUGGACAUCCUGGAGGUGUACCUCAACAUCAGGGGCCACAAAUGGUUGCGUCUUGAUGGCUCAACUUCUGUGGCCGACAGGCAAGACUUGAUAGACAGGUACAAUGAGGACGACAGCAUCCUGGCUUUCCUUCUCUCCACACGGGCAGGAGGUCUGGGGAUUAACCUCACAUCUGCUAAUGUGGUCAUCAUCCAUGAUCUUGAUUUUAACCCUUACAAUGACAAGCAGGCAGAGGAUCGUUGCCACCGGCUGGGCCAGAGCAAGGAGGUUUUCAUCAUAAAGCUAAUUAGUAAGGACACCAUUGAUGAAGGAAUUUUAGCUAUUGCAAAGGACAAACUUAAGCUUGAAAGAGACAUCACAGACGAGACAUCCAAAGAAGACGUGGACGUGGCCAGCGUUGCGCAAAUUCUCAAAGCUGCGCUAAGCAGCUAGUCGUCCUUUGAGAAAUGGACUUUCGCCUUUUAUUAUAAUUUUUUUUUUCUUCAGAGGUACUUCAGUCUGUUCUUCACUGAGACAUGUUAUGCUGCGAUGCAGAUCUGUCGUUAACUCUUUUCUUCACUGUACAAUUUUGUGAUAUACAUUUCGUUCUUUUAUAGUAAAGCUCUACAAAGUUCACUAUGUUUCCUUGUGCAAGUAUAAAGUACAUACUGGCAACUCAGGAUGGAUGACAUGACUGCAUCUUGCGAAGUAUCACGAAGUCGUGAUCUUAUGAACUCAAACCGUUAAAAUGUUAAUUCAGACAAUUUUGAAACUUCUUUAGUGAGAAUAUGUUGUUGAGUAUGCUUUAGUUCCUAAUUCAGAAGAGGUUCAUCCGGUAUUUGUGUUAAUUCGACUGUCAGAAAUGAACAGCAAUAGAAAAGAUGUAAAUUUUAUUAAAAUUCUUUAGCAAGUU